UUCAGCGACAAACAUUGUUAAUAAUUGUUAAUAAUAAUGUCUAAUGCAAUUGUUUUUAGUCUUAGUACCACUAUUUUGAUUCUUUCGUCACUGGGUAAUGCUUCGCCAAUACGUUUCCAGAAACAAUGUUUCCUCCGUGACUCCGCUUGUCUGAGAGAACAAUCUCGAUUAAUAUUAAAAUCGUUCGUGGAAGGCGAUGCAGAACUUGGAAUAGAAAAAUUAGACAAAAUGUCGAUAGGUUCCGUGGAAAUAAAUGAUAAUGGUUUAAUAUUCAAUGAAAAUAACAUUGUGGUGGAAGGAACAAAUUCUAGUAUUAACAGUGUCAGUGUUGAUUUGAUUUACAAAGCUUUGGGAAUAUCUUUCAAUACAUCUUUAAUAAUUACCGGUGAUUACACGUCAAGUGGAAUGCUAUAUGGAUUACCUGUUUCCGGAAAUGGCAGAACAAUAGCAAAAAUGAAUAACGUGAUUAUAGACUUACUGUGUUUUUAUGAAAUUGUUAAAAACAAAGACGGAUAUGACGUCAUGAAUUUAAAGCAUUAUGAUUAUGAUUUUAACGUCAUCGGAGGAGCAAGUUAUUUCUUUGAAAAUGCUUUUAACGACGAUGAGGAAAAAAGUAAUCAGAUUCAUUCAAUAAUCAAUAGCCAUUGGAGGAUAAAAAUUUAUAAAUACGGAGACCACUUCAUUUCGAAAAUUGUUGCGAAAAUAUUCACUGGGAUCAAAAAUUACUUGGCUUCUCAAAAUUUAAAGAACAUAGCCAUAUACUAACUUUAUGUUUGUUUCUUCUACCUAUAAGUAACAGAAAUAACUCGAAUUUGGGCUGCAAGUGUAAUAAAAGAAAAUAGAAAA